AUGUCUUUGGCGACGCCCCUCACAACGAAGGUAGUGAACCCACACUUGCGACUGCUAAAUAUGUUACGGAAAGGUUCAAAGCCUGUGAUGACCUUCUUGGGACUUCCGUCGAUCCGUACAGCGCAAGUGGUAGCACAGACUGGGCUUGAUGGCAUAAUAAUCGACUGCGAGCAUGGUCAUAUUAGCGAUGAUUCAAUGCACGUAGCAGUUUGUGCUAUUGCAUCCAUGGGGGUGUCACCGCUUGUUCGGAUCAGGAUGACCCAUGCCGACCUGAUCAAGAGAGCGCUAGAUGCUGGCGCACACGGCAUUGUUGUGCCUAUGAUCAACACGCCUGAGGAGGCUCGAGCUGUGGUUGCUGACGCAAAAUUCCCGCCGCAGGGGUUUCGCGGCCAAGGAUCAGCCUUUCCUGCUAUCGCGCUCGGCAUCGAUACCCCAGAGUACAUUACUUCUGCAAACGAGACUUUGAUCACUUGUAUACAGAUCGAAUCAAGACAAGGUGUCGAGAAUGUAGAUGCUAUUAGCGCAGUAGAGGGUGUUGACAUGCUGUUUAUCGGACCUAAUGACCUUGCACUGUCUCUUGUAGGCUACGUGCCCGCAAAAGGAGACGAGCCGGAGUUUGUUGAGGCUAUUGACAAGAUUGUCGCUGCCGCUCGGAAGCAUGGGAAAUGGGUAGCACGGCUCUCAAACACAGGCGCCUUGACUAAACAGCAUUUACAGACCUUUGAUACCGUAGCAUUGAGCUACGACGUUAGAGCCAUGCAAAAUUGGUAUAAAUCCGAGCUAGAAGUAGCCAAGGGGGCCUGA